CGUCGAUUUGCUGUGGAGCACCAAACUCAACUCCAGCCUACCAUUCUGCCUGAGGAAAAGAUCACCAAAAACAACGACGGUCCGCGUAGCGACAGCAUAGACCGCGGACACUGGAUGCUUAAGCGUAUGCUCAAAUGCAGAUGCCAUGUCAACGACCCUCUACUCACCGCUCUGGCGCAGAACGGUGCUCUCCGUCUCCGCUGUGAUUGCGCGCUCGUGUCAUUGACAAAAAAUGGUUCACCACGCGUCUUCGCAGACGCUGGACAGUCCACCUCGCUAUGUACCCCGAACAACCACACCGCCAUCAACAAACGCCAACAACAGGCGUCUCUGGAUCGAAUUCAAUCAUCAGCCAUCUUCCAAGGCUUGGAGUCCUCGACGACUGAUUCUGACAAUGUCAUUGCCGAUCAGACUCGACAUAUCAUCCGGGACUUGGCUUGCCUCGAAUACCAAGAGGAUGGUGUGUUAUAUUGGAAGUCGUAUGCUGCCGUCCCAAUCAAAUCUGCCACAGGUCAACUUCUGGGAAGUUAUUGUGUCAUGGAUGGCAAGAUACGACGCGACUUCCUUGAGCCGGAGACUUACAAUAUUCUGAGUGAUAUCGUUUCCGCCAUCUCGAUCCAUCUAGAGUCACAAACCGCUCGGCUUGAGAGGGAUCAUGAUAGGAAAGCCAAGCUGGAUCUUUCGAGAUUUCUGGAGCAUAACAGACCACAACCUGCGAGGGAGUUUGACACAUCCAGCCAUCUACCAAGUUUAUUGCAUGAUCUCACAGACUCUGAGCAAAGACACUCGAGUCCCGACUCCUCGUCUUCUUCCAAUAGCGCUCUGGCCGGCAAGCCGCUUGACGGAACCGUCUCUUCAGUUGAGAAUACUCCCUUGACGACCCCAGCAGAAGAAUGUUGUGGAUUCAGCUUUCUGGACCCGCUACCAGUGCCUGCAAUGACUCCCUGCUUGCUGGACCAGAAUUCCGUAGCCGAGUCACACGAAUAUUUCGGGAAUGCCAAUAGCCGACCAUCAAACCAGACACUGUCAGAUGCUACAAAUCUGAUUCGCGCCGCUCACGAUCUUCAAGGGCUGGUAUUGUUGGACACCACUUUCAGCAGUAACGACAACCUGUUCCAACCCAUCGACAACACAACAGCCGAGCAUCUGUCCAUGUGUGAGAAGCUCGAAGUCUCCAUGGUCGCGGAAGAUCGUACUCCCGCACGCAUCACAUCUUCCAUGUCCAUCGAGCACGAGACUCUCGACUACCUCAUCUCAUACUUCCCUCAAGGCUGUAUUCUAAAAGUCGACGAAGGAGAAGUAUUGGCUCUCGUCGUUGAGGAAACGUCGAGUUGUGGACUAUCGUCGUAUGAGAAACUAGACAAGACCCUUGUCAUACCUCCAGAUUUGUAUCUGCUUCUUCACCAGGCCCAAUCCCUGAUCUUCAUGCCUUUGUGGGACUCGGCACGCCAGGCCUUCUACGCCGGCAUGCUGGGUUGGCCUGUGGAUCCCACGCGAGUGUUCACUGAGCAUGACCUACUUUCUUUGGCUAUAUAUGGCAGGAUCCUGACUGCAGAAAUCACACGCUUAGCAACAAAGUCUGAUUUUGUAUCCUCUCUGAGUCAUGAACUACGUUCACCGUUGCAUGGAUGCCUGGCUGCUGUCGAAGUUUUGCGCGACACCGCACUCGACAAGCCCCAGAUCGAUCUCCUGGGGAUGAUCGAAUCUUGUGCUUCAACACUAUUGUACACGAUGAACCACUUACUGGAUUUCUCUAAAAUCAAUGAUCUCGAUCGCAUGCCAUCCAGGAAUCGUAGAGGCUCUCAUGGCGACACAUUACCAGAUGUGCCCCGAAACACAUUUGGCCAAACCGUCGAGGACUACUUGUGCCGUCUUGUUCAAGACGUGGUUGAGGGUGUUUCAUAUGGCCAUGAUAGGGAGCAAGCUGCCCACCAAUCAGACCUGAGUGGUUUACCACAAGACCAUACAAUGCACUUUGACAUCGAUGAGGCUACUGUAAAGAACAAGGAUGUUGCCGUCUUUCUAUACAUGGAGAGUCUGACAGCAUGGUUCUCCAUGGUUUCGGCCGGAGCCUGGAAGAGAUUGGUCAUGAAUCUGUUUGGCAACGCGCUCAAAUUCUGUCCAAGCGGCCAUAUCGAGAUUACUCUCAAAAUGGUACCGGAUCCAAAGAAUUGCGAGAAACGGAUGGCUCAUCUCAUGGUCAGCGAUACGGGUAUUGGGAUGAGCGAGAAGUUCCUGAAGCAUGCACUCUACCGUCCAUUUGUGCAAGCCAACUCGCUUGUCAGUGGAACCGGGCUCGGGCUCAACAUCGUGAAGCAGAUUGUCAACGACAUGCAUGGGACCAUUAGUGUCAAGAGCACAUUGGGUACUGGCACUCGAUUUGACGUGCUUGUUCCUGUCAUAGAGCGGGAAUCUAUCUCUGACGAAGUUAUACUCGAUGGAGGCGAGAUAUUGGACCCGGAAGCACUUUUGAGGGGUCGCACACUUUGCUUGCUCUCAUGUCCCCGCAACCCAAUUGGAGGUGCCUCUGAAUUGCAUGAGCGUACAGACCUGAUCCAUUCCUACGUGAAGUCGAUCGCGGACAACUGGUUCCACAUGAAGGUCGUUUUGGCCGAAAUGGCUGAAGCAGUUGACGCAGACUUUCACAUCGCCGAGGCUUCGGACUAUGGCGUCUAUGCUUGCUCGGCAAGUAAGAGGUCAGGUAUGACUGACAGACGUCGUACAAUUUUGGUUGGCAACCAGAAGCAGUUGGUGCAGGCUCGACGCCAGUGCGCUGAUGACUUUGUCGAGCUGAAUUACCCACUUGGACCCCGCGCACUCGUCCGCGCUCUUCAUGCCGCUCUGAGGAUGCCAAUAGACCAGCCCCGUCAAAGCGUUCCGGCUUUUGCUACCACAAACGCGCUGGCACAGACCGAGGCGAAAUUGUGUGUCGAACCUUCCAACCAGCGAACAGAGGACACUACCACUGAGCCUGCCAUCAGGGAUAUCGCCAACAACCUCACCAAGCCACAACAUCUCCUCCUCGUCGACGACAACGCUAUUAAUCUCAAACUCCUCUCGACAUUCAUCAAANAACUCUCCUUGGACGCCCACACAGCCACCGACGGCGAAGACGCACUCCAAACCUACAAGAGUUUUGCACAGACACACCCCUUUACCACCAUCCUCAUGGACAUUUCGAUGCCCAAGAUGAACGGUUUUGAAUCUUCGCGCGCCAUCCGCGACUUUGAGGUGCAAAAUAAAAUGCCGCGAUCUAGGAUCGUCGCGCUGACGGCAUUGGGGUCUGAGGCGUCGAGGCGUGAGGCCGAGGCGAGUGGGAUUGAUGAGUUUCAGAUGAAGCCUGUGGCGCUGAAGACACUGAAGGGGUUAUUUCAGAGCGAGUCU